AUGGAUCAUGACUCAGGCGAAGGGAAGCUGGAGAGUGCGCCAAAGUUCGACGGGAGCGACUAUUGGACUUGGAGCUUCCGAUUCGAGCAAUGGGCAGAGGCACACGAUCUAUGGGGGUACUUUGAUGGUUCGGAGGAGCGGCCUGCAUCGGGUGACGCACGGCUAAAGUGGGAGAGGAGAAAUCAAAAGGCAUUUGCCCAAUUCUGCAAUGCCUUGGUGCCAGAUGAGUUGAUUCGCUUGGUACGGGAGUUCGGCGGCAAGACCGAGUUUGGAAACGCACCUGUUGAUGGCGGAGCAAGAGCGGUCACCCGAGUUCCUGCAGGCACAGCAGCGGCAUACACACGAGUGAAGGAAUUCUACCUUCAGCGUGGAUUGUGUAACCGGAUGGCACUCUCAGAGGAACUCUCUUCCUUGAAGAUGAAAGAAGGGGAGGGAGUGGCUGCAUACUGGGCGCGUGCCGAGGAAUUGAGGUCCAAGUACUUGGCUGCAGGAGGGAAGGAGGAGGUUGAGGAGUGGAUGAUGAGGGUACUCAAAGGACUACCUCCUCACUUUGAGAUGCUGAAGGUAGUGCUGAACAACCAAUCACCAUCGCUUACUAAGGAUCGGCUGCUUACCUCCUUGAGGAGCGAGGAGAUGCGGAUUGGUGUCGCACCAAGAUCGGAUGGUGUAGCCACUUUUGGAGCGGGUACGAAAGUGGGCAGCAGCGGCAGGGGAAAUGGGGACAAGGGCGGAAAGCAUGGAGGCAGCGGUAGCAGCAGUGACACCAACUCGGGUAGAUGGGGUCAAGGAAAAGGCAAAGCGGGAGUGCUUGAUUUCCCCUGGGGGUCCAAGGGCAUGGCUCCUCGGGGGUUGUGUCAUGGCUGUUGGGAUGAGGGACAUGCAUGGCAGCGAUGUCCUCAUCGACCUAAGGGAGGCAUUCCGGCAUUCUUAAAGCGGGGGGGUCGUGGAUCCAACGGCAAGGCACAGGUGGCGGAUGAGGAGGAGCAGGAUGACAAGGCAGAGGCAGUGGUUGGAGAGGCAGUUGCAGCAGUGGGAGAGGAGCAGCCGCGAGAGGGGUGGUGGAUUGACAGUGGGGCCAGCCACAACUUUACUCCUUAUGCAUCGGACUUCAAAAGUAAGCUUCAGCCACCAGAGGUUCGGGGAGUUAGAUUGGGAGAUGGACGGGUGGUGAAAGCUGUUGGCAUGGGUGAGGUGCCAGUGGUUGGUGCUGGAGUGCGCACACCGUCACUGGGAGGAGCGGUGUAUGUCCUCAGUCUCAUUGACGACUUCACCAGACGAGUUUGGUCGUUCCCACUCCCCAACAAGGAAUUGGCCAUAGUCGCAAAAGUUCUUCGCCAGUGGCAUAAGGACGUGGAGUUGGAGUGUGGGCGGAAGCUGAAGGCUGUUCGCUCCGACAGGGGUGGCGAGUUCUUGGGGGACGCUGUGAAAGCAUGGAAAGCGGAGUUUGGCAUCAAAACCCAAUUGAGUGUCGCAGAUACACCGCAACAGAAUGGGGUCGUGGAGAGGUGGCACAGGACAAUGGCAGAGGGGAUUCGCACAUUGUUGGUCGACAGUGGUCUCCCUGCUCGCUUGUGGGGUGAAGCAUUGAUGUGGGUCGUGUGGGUUAAGAAUAGGGUCACCCACAGUGCUUUGCCUGCCUCCAUCACACCAAUGGAGGCGUGGUCCGGCCAGAAGCCGCAUGUGGGCAUGGCUCGGAUUUGGGGUUGCAUGGGGAGUGUCAUGCUGCAUGGGCAUGAGAAGGGUGGCAAGCUUGAUGCAAGGGCUGUCAUGUGUGUCUGUGUUGGAGUGGACAUGGAGAGCAAGGGUUGGCGCAUGCUGGACCCUUCUCUCAUGCGCAUUCGCAUUGCUCGGGAUGUUGAUUUUCUUGAGAAUGUGAUGUGCAAGGAUUGGGACAAGGCAAAGGGAUUUGGGGAGCUUCUGCAGGAUGCAGCUGCGAUUUCCCAACUCCUCCCUCUUCCACUCUCGCCACCCUCAGCACCGGCUGACGACGUUGAGAUGCCACCUUCAUCACUGCCACCGGCACCGCUGAGUGUGUCGGUGCAGCAGCAGCCCACCCCUCUGCAGCAGCUCAGUGGCCCCUCGGUCAUUCAGCGGAGAUCCGCUACAUAG